AUGCGACAUGCCGAGCUCGUCGUCAAGGUGCCUCAGAUGGCCGAGUCCAUCAGCGAGGGCACCCUAUCGCAGCUGCUGAAAAAGGUCGGCGACCGCGUCGAGCCCGAUGAGGAGUUGGCCACGAUCGAGACGGACAAGAUUGACGUGUCGGUCAACGCUCCCGAGGCCGGCGUCGUCGCCAAGGUGCUCGUCCAGGAGGGAGACACGGUGACGGUCGGCCAGGAUCUGGUUCAGCUGGAGACUGGCGUGGCCGGCGCACAGCAGGCUUCAUCAACGAGCAAGGACAAGACCGAGACCGCGACGACCCAGCAGCCUCCCGUCGCUGCCACCACACCGCAGACAGAGUCCACGACACCGGCACGCCCGACUGAUGAAGCUCCCGUUGUUGAGCAUGCCAAGCCGUCCCCAGCAACGGAACAGCGCGACACGAAGCAGCAUGACGACAGGGCACCGCCGUCCACCUCCGUCGAGUCGGCCAACCGCCCUACGCGUGGCGAGCGUACCGAGAAACUAUCGCGCAUGCGCAAGACGAUAGCGACUCGACUCAAGCAAUCCCAAGACACGUGCGCCUCCUUGACCACCGUACAGCGCGUCGACAUGAGCAACAUCAUGGCCUGGCGCGCCAAAUACAAGGAGGCCGUCGCCGAGUCUCACGGCGUCAAGCUGGGCUACAUGGGCGCCUUCGCCAAGGCGGCCACGCUGGCCGCGCAGCGCAUCCCGCAGAUCAACGCGAGCAUCGACACCGGUCGCGAGAUCAUCACGUACCGCGACUACGUCGACAUCAGCAUCGCCGUGUCCACGCCCAAGGGGCUCGUCACGCCCGUCGUGCGCGACUGCGAGACGAAGAACGUGCUGGAAAUCGAGCGAGACAUUGGGGCGAUGGCGAAGAAGGCGCGAGAUGGCAAGUUGACAAUGGACGAUCUCGAGGGCGGCAACUUCUCCAUCAGCAAUCCCGGUAUUUUCGGCUCCAUGUUCGGCACGCCCUUGAUCAACUACCCGCAAGCGGCCGUCUUCAACAUCAACGCCAUCAAAGAGGACGUUGUGGCCGUGGACGGCAAGCCCGAGAUUCGCCCCAUGAUGUACAUUACGUUGACCUACGAUCACCGGUUAAUUGAUGGGCGCGAGGCCGUAUCGUUUCUGAACCUUGUCAAGGGUUAUGUUGAGGAUCCUGCCAAAAUGCUCCUCUUCUAA